AUGUAUGCCGCAACUGACAGACUAUCUGCUCUCACAUUUUCAGCAACAUCGAACAGGACAGGCGUGAACGGCUGUAGCGCCCUCUACGUAACAGCUUGCGAUUCAGCCCUGGGAAUGGAAACAGGAGAUAUCCCAGACACCAGCAUCUCAGCGUCAUCUGAGUAUAACAGCGGGCAUUGCAGGAUAGUUCAGGGCCGGUUGAACAGGGCUUCGCAUUACGCCUGGUGUGCUGCUCAGAGCAAUCAGGGCCAGUGGCUACAGGUUGACCUUGGAAGUGCAACUGUCUCCGGGGUCGUCACCCAAGGUCGCAGAGGUGCCAACCAGUACGUGAAGAAAUACAAGCUCUCGUUCAGCGGAGACGGCGACUCCUGGACAACCUACAAAGACACUGACGGCUCAGACAAGGUGUUCAAUGGUAACAAGAAUGACCGGGACGCAGUUACCCAGACUCUCCCCUCGCCUGUCACCACUCGGUACAUCCGGUUUGUACCCCAGACCUGGCACGGUCAUGUCUCUUUGAGGGUGGAGAUCCUGGGCUGCUACGUGUGUCCCCGUCUGACGGCUCCUACAAACGGGAACAUGACCACAAACUCCUACCAGGACGUUGUUGACUUUACCUGCAGCACAGGGUACAGACUGCAGGGCAUCUCUACUGUAACCUGCCAAGCUGACGGCCAGUGGACUUCAAGCGAACCUACUUGUACUGUUUGUCAGGAUCCUUUGGGGAUGGAGUCCAGAGCCAUCCCGAACAGCGCCAUCACGGCAUCAUCUGAAUACGAGCAUAACGACGGACAUCACCCGUACUACGGCAGGCUGAACAGCAGCGACGGACUGCAGGCCUGGUGUGCAGCUACUGCACGACAUGUGGCCGGAGAAUGGCUUCAGGUUCGAAAUGUUUAG